ACUAUGUGAAAAUUGCACCUGAGCUGUCCGCGCGGUCGCGGAUUUUUCCGAAGGACUGCCCCUGGCAACUUAAAAUAAAGCAGCAGCUCGAUGCUUUAUCGAGCAGGGGGGGAGCAGGAGAGCCGCCAGCCGCACCACUUCCUGGUCGGAGUAUCCGCAUGCGUCUCCCUGAUGUUGUUCUUGCGGAGGUUGACACCGACGUCUCCUCAAGUGCCGCUGCCAAAACGUUGUGGCGGCGACAACUGACCAAGCCCAAGCGGAAGCCUCGGCCACACAAAAACGACAGCUUUGCUUUGGUGGAGCGUGCGCUGUGGCUUUUCCUUCAAAGGUUGGAAGACUGUCGUGCUCGAGAACCAGCAGGAGGACUAGAAGCAGCAUCAAAGCUGGGCCGCGACGCGUGCUUUAGCAACGAUGACGAGGUGCGCAGAGCAUUUCUGUUCUACUACUCGUUGGAAAUGACUCAUCGAGAGUUCGAUUCUGACGGGUAUAAGUUUCGAACUACCUGGUGGCAGAAGAAGCUGUUCUUGCUCCGAGAAGCGCGACUAGCCGACCAGAGGGAGAAGGAAACUGUAGACCUCCUGGAGAGGAUUCUCGACAUCAUGGUUGGUGCAGAUAAAGAUAAACACGACAUCAGCACGAGGACGACGCAUCAAGAACCCGCACACGAAACUGGAGGUGGUGAACACGAGAUGAACCAGCUCCACUCAACAGCGCUCCUUCACGACCACCGCGGACACGCACGAAUACUUUCGAAGUUGUAUGCGGCGGUUCCGCACGAGAGCGAUCCCCGAAGCGAGAACAUUUCUCAUGCUUUGUCGUUCUUUUCGGGCCUGUACAAAGACGGUUUCAUUGCGCGCGCCCCCACCGACCAACGUCGUGAUUUUCUCACGCAAGGUUUCAUAGAUGCAAGUCGCGCGUCAUCCGCUCUGUUGCAAGGUACUCCACGACCUUCCGCGGAGUACGACGCUGUUGUCGCACAGGUCGAGCGGUACCGACAAGAAUUGGGAGACAUCGACCGGUCGGCCCGCGAGUUGCGAGAAAGCAUCGAAGAAAGCAGCGCACGCUCGAGGGAACUUCGAGCCAUUCUCAGCCGCUGUUUUGCAGCCGGUCUUGGUACUUCAUCUAGUAGAGCAGCCUGA